GAGAGAGAGAGAGAGAGAGAGAGAGAGAGAGAGAAAGAGAGAGAGCAUGGGGAGAGGCAGAGUGGUGUUGGAGAGGAUAGAGAACAAGAUCAACCGCCAAGUUACCUUCUCAAAGCGAAGGAACGGUUUGCUCAAGAAAGCCUUCGAGCUUUCCGUUCUGUGUGACGUUGAAGUUGCCCUUAUCAUCUUCUCCAACCGUGGCAAACUCUCCGAGUUCGGCAGCACUGAUGUGGACAAAAUCCUUGAGCGGUACCGCCAAUGUUGUUACUCACUAGAUCGAGACAACAAAGUUGAUGAUGAACAAGGAGCCCAGAUCUCAUAUGGGGAGGUCUCAAGGUUACGGGCCAAGUAUGAAUGCCUUCAGCGCUCAGAAAGGCAUCUGCAUGGAGAAGAACUUGAACCACUUGGUCUGAAAGAGUUGCAAAAUCUUGAGAAGAAGAUGGACAGAGCUCUUUUACAAGCUAGAAAUCGGAAGACGCAGGUGAUGUUAGAACGAUUAGAAGAACUACGCAAACAGGAGCACCAUCUAGGCGAAAUGAACAAACAGCUCAAGUCCAAGCUUGAGGAAAAACGUCAACUUGUUGAUCAAGAUAUUCAAGAGCCAGGAAAUCGUGCCACAGUAGCGCGAGGAAAACGUCUUAAUGUGCCCAUUUCACACACCAAUCACGCAGAACCAGAACCCAACUUACAGAUGGGGUUCAACCAGGAAGCAGCAGCAAUGGAGACAAUGACAUUAGCCGGUGGGAGUGGCCGCAACCAGGCUUGGCUUCUUUGAAGUUCCCACAAGCUUUCCGGCCGACGAGUGCUUGCAUGCAUGUGUAUCAUAGUUUAAUGUGAGCAGCUAGAACCUGCUUGCUUCGAAUUGAUGCCUCUUAUUGUGUGAUUGUAAUUACAAUAUUUAUUGAACCAUUUGAACCAACUGAUCAUGAAUAAUUAAAGCAUAUAUCUAUGAAUUAAUGUUUGCGAUAUA